AUGAACGUCUUUGCCAGAUCUGUUCGCGCUCUUCGACCUGCCCUUGCCAGAGGUUACGCUUCUGAAGCCCCUGCUGCUGCUGACAACCUUCGUUUGACCUUCGUCUUGCCCCACAAGGCUUUGUACAAGGCUACUGACGUCCAGCAAGUUAACUUGGCUGCCACCUCUGGUGACAUGGGUAUCCUUGCCAACCACGUUCCCACCAUUGAGCAACUCAACCCUGGUGUUGUCGAGGUCGUUGAAUCUGGUGAUGUGACCAAGAAGUUCUUCGUCUCUGGCGGUUUCGCUAUCAUCAACCCUGACUCCACUCUCAACAUCAACGCUGUUGAAGCUGCUGCUAUUGAUGAACUCUCUGCCGAGAACGUCCAAGCUGCUCUCGCUGAUGCCCAACGUGUCGCUAACGGCUCUGGCUCUGAUGCCGAGAAGGCUGCUGCCAAGAUCGAGAUCGAAGUCUACGAGGCCAUCCAAAAUGCUCUCUCCAAAUAA